GCCGGGACCAGGUGGGGCUCUACCUCCGUCUAGACAUCGAAUCAGCUGCUCUAGCGAGCAGAUUUACAGGAAAAGACGUCUUCCUCGGUUGUCUGCUCCGCACAAAGGAAAAUUUCCCCUGGUUCUGCUCUCAGAGUGCACGAGCUGCGAGCGACUCCCCCCGCGCUCGCGGGCUCCGUCGGCGCUCCCGGGCGAGUCACCACCCCUUUGGUUCCACGUGGUCGGCAGCGGCGGGCUCAGAGCUGCUCUGGCUGAGGGUAUUGUGCGAGUCGUGGGUACCGGCAUGGCAGGGGCCCCGUCCGGCGGUAUUGCUCGGUUCUCUUGUCCCCCCAACUUUACUGCGAUGCCCCCGGCCUCGGAGUCCACUCGUUUCUCCUUGGAGACGCUGACGGGCCCAGACACGGAACUGUGGCUGAUCCAGGCCCCUGUAGACUUCACCCCGGACUGCCUCAAUGGGCGGCUGGUGCCUCUCUCUGGCUCCCAGGUUGUGAAAGGCAAGGUGGCAGGGAAGCGGCACCGCUACCGGGUCCUCAGCAGCAGCGGCCCCCAAGCUGGAGAAGCAACCCUGCUGGUCCCCUCAGCAGAGGCAGGAGGCAGGCUCACCUGUACCCCCGCCCCCAGGGGCCACCUAAGGAUCUUAGAGGGUUCCCACCCAUCCUUAUCAGGAACUCCACUGCACCCCAUUCCCACAAGCCCUCCACCACAGAUCCCCCCUGGCCUGAGGCCUCGGUUCUGUGCCUUUGGAGGCAGCCCACCAGUCACAGGGCCUGUGUCAGCCUUGGCACUGAGGUCUCCAGCCUCAGGGAGGAGGAAAAAGAAGAAGCACGUGCCUGAGGCCUCCUCUCCCCAGGAGGCAGUGAAUGGGCAUGGGACCCUGGAGGUGGACACAGCCUGGGGGUCCUCGGAGAUGGAUGUGGGGAAGAAGGGGAAGAAGAAAAAGCAGCCGCCGCCGAAUGAACUGGAGGUGAUGAUGCCGGUGGCAACAGAGCCCACGGCUGAGAUGCUGGAACCCCUGGGCAUGCUGUUCCCGUCUGCCAGCAAGAAGAAGAAGAAGAAGCCUAAAGAGACGGAAACAGUGAUGCUGGAGCCAGAGGAAGAGAAGACUGUGGAGCUGGAACUCACAGUUAAAACUGAGCCUCUGCAACAGGCAGUCCUAUCCCCCACCAAGAAGAGGAAGAGACAGAUGGAGACAGAAGGGAUGGAGCCGGCGGAGGAGAUGGGAGCUGAGUCUCAGCUCCAGGUGAAGGAGGAGCCUCAGGAGGAAGCCAUCCCACUGCCGUCCCCAAAAAGAAAGAAGAAAAAAGGAAAGGAGUGCAAAGCGCUGAUGGAGCUGGGGACUGAGGCUCUCGAGCCAGAUGUGAGGCUUCUGGGGGUUCCAGGGGAGGUGAUGGAGCCUGAACUGGCACAUGAGAUUGAGCCACAGGCCGAGGCAGCUCUGGCACCCACCCAAAAGAAGAGGAAGAAAGAAAAAUGGCAAAACGCAGUGAUGGAACCAAAGACACAGGUGGUGGAGCCCGAGCUGCCAAGUGACCUUGAGCCUCAGGCUGCGCUGGCAUCCACCAAGAAGAAGAAAGAAAGAGAGCACAGAGCGACAGAGCCAGGGCCUGAGACGGCUGACCCACGGGGCGAGGUGAUGGAGCCUGAGGUCAGGGUGGAUCCAGCAUCCACCAAGAAGUGGAAGAAGCGGCACCCAGAAAGCGGGGUGCCAGCCACAGCGUCCCAGGAGGAGAGGCCAGAGCCGCCACUGAACCUGGAGUCUGGAGAGGUGGCUCCCCCGGGACGGGAGAAGAAGCGGAAGAAGAAGCCGCAGCAGGAUCCUGCGUAGUCUCCUCCGGGGAAGCUGACGACUGCAGGGAAAGGCUGAGGUGGCCG